UCCUCCUACAUAUGCCCCGUCUUCAACCUAGCAGCACUCACACCCAGAUUCUACUCAUAAAAUACGCGAGGGUUGCUAUCCUUCCCACAUCCUCCCUGUUCACCAAGCCUUCACCAAUGGCUGCGCUAGCUUACACCCCAACCGCUUUCGCGACCUCCCUUCACUCCACAGCACGAGUACUCCCCCAAUCCCGCGCGUUGCCCGCGGAUGCUCCCCGCGCAUGUGCGCGCGCCUGCCCGCCAUCGCGUUCCGCGCGCGGGCUUCCUCAAGCCUCCGCGCUGUCGUCAUCGCGGAGCCACGCGCCCGGUGCGCUUAUUGCAGCGGCGGCAGCGGCGGCGGCUCCUCAGCCGCAGCGCGUUUGUCGGCGGGAUCUAGUACGAGUGGCGGCUUCAGUUGCUGCGGAAGCCGCCGCUCAGUCGGAAGGAAAGGGCGCGAAUAAGUCACGUGAAAAGCGGUCGUGGACGUGGCAGCGCGCCAACGGGCAGCCCAGCAUAGAGAUUAACUACGUCGUCUACCCUACCUCCGGCUCGGACCCCCCCGAGUCGCUCGUCCUCUUCCUGCCGACCUUCUCCGACGUCAGCACCGUGGACGAGUGGGACCACGUGGCGUCCGACGUGGCAGCGUUGCCGCCGCCCAGCUCAGCGGCGGGAGGACGCCAGGUGGCGACUCUGGAUUGGCCCGGGUUUGGCGAGUCGGAGCGGCCGGCGCUUGAGUACACUGCGACUAUUAUGGAGGAUUUUGUGGUUGACUUCGUUAAUUUCAUUGGUGCGAACCGCCGGGUGGUGCUGGUGGGUGCGGGCCAUGCCCCGGUGGCAGCUCUUAAAGCCGUAGCGGACGGGCGGCUGAAGGCGGCAGGGAAGGGCGGGAGCGUGGACGUCCAGGCGGUGGUGGCAGUGGCGCCCACGUGGGCUGGCCCCCUGCCGAUAGUGUUCGGGCAUACGGAGCAGAUGCGACCUCGUUACGCCAUCUUCCGCUCGCUGGUUCGCUCCCCCGGCCUCGGGUGGGCGCUGUACCGCUUCGCGCUGACGUCCCCGCGCAACAUGCGGCAGCAGUACCUCUCGCACGUGUACGCCGACGCCGACAACGUCACCCCCUCCCUCCUCGACGCGCGCACCGGCAUCACCCGCCGCCCGGGCGCCCGCUUCGCGCCCGCGUCUUUUGUCUCCGGGCUGCUGGACAGUGUCAAGAGCCGGGAGGAGUUUGUGGGGCUGUUCGCAGGAGCGGAGGACGCGGGGGUGAAGGCGUACGUGGUGGCGAGUAAGGGCAGCCCGAGGAGGAGCAAGGCAGAGAUGCAGGCUGCAAAGGGGGCACCGGGAGUGGCGGGGUUUUUGGAGGUGGAAGGGGCGCUGCUGCCGCAUGAGGAGUACCCGAUCCAGACGUCCGAGGCUGUCAAGGGGAUUCUGGGGGAGCUGAAAGCUUGAUGGCUGUCAAGGGGAUGAUAUGAGGCGCCCCAGAGGGGUUCUUGGAGGUGGAAGGGGCGCUGCUGCCGCACGAGGAGAAUCCAAUCCAGGCGUUCGAGGCUGGCAAGGGGAUCCUGGGGGAGCUGAAGGCUUGAAGAGCUUGCGUAUGGUCUCUCCGACUGCUGCCGCGCGAGUGUCUGUGCAAUCAUGCUAAAGCGUGUAGUAUACACCAUGGUUUGGUUUGGUUUGGUUUGGUUUGGUUUGGUGCUGGUUCUGUCUGCAGCAGCAGCAGCACCGGCUGCUGCGACUCUCGCCUAGUUUGGGUUGGGCGGUCUGUGUGGCUGUUUGAUGUGCCGACCUCCUGUGAACAACCCUUCUCCCUUCUCCCUUCUCUCUCCUGUGUGCACCUGUGUCUUCCGAGUUAUUCCAAAUGGUUUUCGCAAUUCAGUGCUGCUCACAGAGAUGAUGUACACAUGAAUGCAUGAUGUAACAGAGUACUGUAUCAAAAUGAGAGAAGUGAAUAAUA